UCGAACAGUACAAAUUGUUCCUCGUCAUGAAUAACGAGAGAUUGCCGCUACUUUUCAAAGGCUCGUCUAAUUCGGAUCUGUCGCUUUUAUUCGCCACGUUGUGCGUUAUCGACAUUUUCGGCGUUUUUCCUAUCAUCGCAUUACCGCGCUCAAUAGUGCAAUGCGGAUUAUACGGAAUUCCACUAGUACUUAUUGUAUUAGCUUUGCAAAUUUAUACGGCCGUUCUUCUCGGAAAAUCAUGGAUAAUCGCAACUUCUUUGGAUCCACAAAUUUUACGAAAAAAUCGGCAUCCUUUGGCUGCCGUGACAGAAUUAACGUUAGGGCCUCGAGCAAAAACUUUAGUCACUAUAAUUUUAGAUAUCACAGUUUUCGGUUGCAGCAUUCCUAAUUUGUUAGUUGCUUCUCAAAAUUUGCAGUUAUUCGGAUUAAAAAUAUCAGGACAACGAUUUGAUCUAUCCUUUUGUUAUUGGCUUCUAAUUGUGGGUCUUCUUUUGUGCCCAAUUAUGUGGCUAGGUAGUCCACGCGAUAUGAAAAUAUUGGCUUUAUUUUCUUGCACAAUGGUAUUACUGACAGCAAUGUUAAUAUGGUGGUGUAUAAUUACCGACGACCGUGAACUAAAUAUCAUGCCUCUACCUACUUCUCCCACUUGGGAUAAAUUUAUUUCUGGAUAUGGUAUGCUAGCAUUUCAAUUUGAUGUACAUCCAACUUUGAUGACAGUACAAGUGGAUAUGCGUCGUCCGGAAGACAUCAAUAAAGCAGUUGUAAUUUCUUUCUUAGUCAGUGGUUCCUUAUUUACCAUUACCACUAGCUUGGCCAUCUGGAAGUAUGGAGGUAAUACAGCAGCCAAUGUUCUUCAAAUGGUUCCAGGAAAUUUUUUGAUGAGUGCUGCCAUUCUAUUUGCUGCUGUUCAACUUUGUUUGUCAAGUGCCCUUGGUUAUUCUGCUCUCUUCCAGGAUCUGGAAGACCAAUGCAACAUUCAGAGAACUUUUGGCUGGAAACGUGUUGCUCUACGAUCAGCUGUUGUAUUGCUUGGAAUGGCUGUAGGAGAAUCUGUGCCAAGGUUUGACAUUGUGAUGGCUCUAGUUGGAGGAUCCUUAACUGGUCCAUUAGUUUUUGUACUUCCUCCAUUAAUAUACUCCAAAGCUAUUGCUUUAAAAGUGAGGUCUAUGCGUCCUUCAACUCCUGAAGUAUAUUCCAACUCAGAAAGAUGUCAAAGCAAUGAAUUCAUGUCAACUGAUCCCAGGAUUCAUUCAAGAUCAGUUUACUAUGGUGUUCUAGGUGUACCUAACACCGAUUAUCAUCGGUAUUCAUACUUUUAUUACAAUGAUUUGGAAGAUGAAUUUGAAGAGAUCUUAGAUUAUGAUGACAAUGUCCCAAGUAUUAAAAAAACUAGUGAACAAUUUUUAAUGACCAAAAGUCAUAUUGGAAAACCCAUAUUUAUAGAUGCUAAUAGACCUUUUGAGGUUCGUAGAGAAACAAUAGUUCCUGAAGAGCCAAUGUCAAAGUUUAAGAUAAAUUGUAAUUUUCAAAGAUGGAAUAGUUGGUUUAGCUAUUUAAUUGUUGUGUUUGGUAUUGCUGUUACCAUUUCUUCUACAUAUAUUAACAUCAAAAAUACUAUUCGGUAUGUACAAUUCACUCCACCAUGCAUUAUGAAUGUCAGCAUUGUAAAAAGUUCUAUAUAGAUUACAAUAUUUAUGGACCAGUUUUUGCAGUAUUUAUAAGAACAAUGAAAUUAAUUAAUUAUGGUAAUUUCUUAUCCUUAUAUACAUGAGCUUUUUAUACAUUUUCAUACACAACUUUUUGUAAUAUUAAAUAUAUACAUAAGUAUUAUACACUGAUGAUGCAUUUACAUUCAUUUUAUAAAACACUAUAUUGGUUGGAUUAAAAGAUAAUACUAAAUUCAACAUUUAUGAUUUAUUACUUUUUAUCUUGAUGCACUGUAUCAAUAAAAAUUACUCCUAUGAACAUUAGAUACAGAGACAAUCUUACAUGUAAUAUUUCAAUUUUUUUGUAUGAUAUGUAUACAACUUGUUACAUAUACAGAAGAUUGUAUUUAUCGCACGAUGAAUUUUGGCUUCUCGUGCGCAUAUCAGCUGUGAUUGGUAAAGUAGGAUUCGCAUUCAAGGACAAUGCACAUGCGUUCUAAUGAUAUUUACAAUGUCAAACGUGUAUAACCCAUGAUCUUUUAUUUUGUAUAUUUUUUCCAUCCUACAUUCUUCUUACAUCAUUGUUACUUACACUAUUCAUAUAUUUUUUACCACGUACAUGACUGAUAUUGUAAAAAAGAAGAAUAGAUUAUGCAUGAAUUAGACGAGUUACGCAAAUUGAGUACAAUCCAACGGGAAAUAAGUAACCCACGUGUUUUCGAAUAGUAAAUAUCUUGAAUCAGCUGAUUUCGUAAACUAUUUUUAAUCACGAAGGUUACCUUGAAAUAUCUGUUUGAAUAUAUAAUACUUCCUAAUACUUUCUUUGAACAGCUUCAAACUAAACCAAUAAAAUAAUAAAUGUUAGACAAUUUUCUUACAUUAUUCGCAUAGCUAGAUAAUUUGAAAACGUGUUUUUAAUAUUAUGU